AUGUUUCUUUUUGCCACCAAAACCAAAACCCCCAUCAGCACCUACACCGACUCCUACCGGCCUCCGAACACCAUGAAGAAGGCUUUUGAGGAAGCGCCGAUGACCCUCUGGAGCGAGAAUAAGUUUGUCACCCAGGGCUUGACCAUACCCAGAGUGGACCAUCCCAUCGACCAAGCCCACCUGGAGAAGAUGGUGAAGAAGGCAGUGCAAGAGUACUCCUACAAGCACUCCAUAGAACCAACGGCUUACCGGCCGUACAAAUAUUGGGUGUCCCGCGAAGAAGAAAAAUUCAACCCGGUCUUUGUCGGCAAUGACAGAUAUGCGACGUGGAGGACCGGGCCGUACAACAGCGCAGCCUGGAACCGAUAUACCACGUACUUGCCACGGAUCCCCAGGGCGGGUGGCAUGGACUCCAUUCUGCGUGGGAUGCCCAUGGAGUACCCUCCGAAACCUGAGCGACUCAACAAUUACGAACGGGAAGUCGUGGUCAACAUGUUGAACAGUUUGUCUCGGAAGCAGCUUCCCUACGUCCAGCAUCAAUACUCCAUCCCGGGCCGGAUGCCCUACCAAGGAUACUACAGCCCCUGCACCGGCCGCCAUUACUGCUUACGUGGGAUGGACUACUACGUGGACGGAGCCCCCAGCACCGAGAGGCAGAUCAGCCAGCUAGUUGAGAAGAUUGUAAGGAGUUUCCCAUACUACGACCACCAGGGGGAAAUGAUGCUCAGUGCGCCAUUGCCAAGCCUGCCGCCAUAUUUCCCAUAUAUGAACCUUAAGUGGGACACGAGUCAUUUUAAGAAGUCUGGAGGGCCGGCGAGGGACAGCUUUAUCAUUCAUCCUGAGUUCGUUUCAGAGGCUUAUCCCCCUCCGCCAUGUUGGUAUUAAGAGAGUCACGAGAGACUGCCAUUAAAAAGUGCCACUGGUGACCAACUCCGCUGUGGGCUCGCGUGGAUUCUCUUUCCCCGCACCCAGAAGGAGCUCCAGCCAAAGGAACAUCUCCUUGUGGGGGUCCUUGGUGGGUUUUCUGGCAGGCGUUUCACGACCCAACUAGGGAACACCAUCAGUGCUAGAAUGGAAGGGGGGGUUGCUCUCUGUUUAUGGACAAGGGGUUUGCUCUGUCGGCGUUGGUGAGGGUCUUCUUAUCGGUUCCUUGAUGGGACUGUUGUCUUGUCUCCCAAGAAUCCAAUCAAGGAGGAAUCAUGAGCUCACAAAUAGUUGGGUCAUGAAAUGUCUCCAAGAAAACAGUCAAUAAGAGCAC